GCUUCGCCAGCUUCUCCCAAGACCAAUCCCCUCCUCCAGAUUCGCCUGCUUUCUUCAUGGAGGAGUCAUCGAUUGUUCACGGACCAGAGGAGCCCGCCCUCUGGUCCAAAACCUUGGGUCAACUGAUCGAGGAGCAGGCCACCCAGUACGGCGACCGCACGGCGCUGGUCACCCCAUGGCAAGACAAGCGGUUGUCCUUCCGCGAGCUGGCGGAGAGUAGCAAGGUGCUGGCUCACGCGAUGGUGCGCGCUGGUCUGCGUCUGGGUGACUGCAUUGCUGUUCUGGCAGGCAAUCGCUACGAAUACAUCCAGGUGUUUCUGGCCGGGGCGCGGAUCGGAUGUCCUGUGCUACCCUUGAACAACGCGUACACUCCGGCGGAGGUGCUGCGCGCGUUGCAGAGAAGUGCAACCAGAUUCCUCUUCAUCGCCUCGCAGAUCGGCCCCCGCAGCCUGGCCCCGCAUCUCAAGAACUUGCUCUCGGUCGCGUCACAGGCCACCUUGCCUGAGCUGAGUGGAAUCAUAUGCUUUGAUAGUGACGAGCCUUACACACAAUCGCAGAUUCAGGCCUACGCGUCCUUCCUGGCCUCGGGCCAGAGUGAAGCACACGAUGCGGGUGGCCUCCUGCGAGCCGCGGAACGGAUCGUGCGGCUGUCGGACAAUCUCAGCUAUCAAUUCACCUCAGGAACCAGCGGCGAGCCGAAGUUGUCCAUGCUCACGCACCGCGGCCUGAUCAACAACGCCCGCCUUGUCGGCGACGGCAUGCGCCUGACUCCUGCCGACGUGGUGUGCUGCCCCCCACCUCUCUUCCACACCUUCGGUCUGGUCCUCGGCUUCCUCAACGCCUUCACGCACGGUAGCGCCAUCGUCUUCCCAUCCGACCAUUUUCACGCCGAUAGCGUCAUCGACGCCGUCAUCCACGAGAAGGCCACCGCCCUGCUAGGGGUGCCCACCAUGUUCGUCGCCGAACUAGAAGCCUGCGCGGCCCGGAAGGUCGACAACAUCACGACGGUACGCACAGGGCUGGCAGCGGGGUCGCCGGUCUCGGAGACGCUGCUCAGUCGGCUCGAAGUGAGAUUCGGCGUCAAGGGGAUACUGAUCGCUUAUGGGAUGACAGAGACCAGUCCAGUAACAUUUAUGACCUCACUGGAUGACCCCAGGGACAAGGCAAUGACGAGCCUCGGACGGGUUCUGCCACAUACCUCGGCCAAGGUGAUCAACAAGGAUGGGGUUGUUGUUCGACGGGGCGAGAGCGGGGAGUUAUGUACGAGUGGGUACGGGCUCCAGAGAGGUUACUUUGAGAAUGAAGCCAAGACGAAAGAGGCGAUGCAACGCGAUGCGGACGGGAGGUUGUGGAUGCAUACGGGGGACCAAUGCUAUCUCGACACGGAGGGCUACUGUCAUAUCAGUGGGAGGAUCAAGGAUGUGAUCAUUCGAGGUGGAGAGAACAUGUUCCCCCUGGAGAUUGAGGAGCGCCUUCUGCUGCAUCCCGCGAUUGCAGAAGCAAGCGUGGUCGGCGUCACGGAUCCCAAGUACGGCGAGGUGGUGGGUUGCUUCCUCAAGCUGACGACCGGGCAUAUUCAGCCACAGGAUCAAGAGCUACGGGACUGGGUGCGGGUGGAAUUGAGCUGGCACAAGGCCCCGCAACAUGUCUUCUGGAUUGGAGAUGGAGGUGUCUGUCCGGACUUCCCUAAAACUGCCAGUGGCAAACACCAGAAGCACAUCAUGAAGGACAUUGCGAACACCUGUCUGUCCGGGUCGAGCCCAGGGAAGGAUCUGCCUUUUCGUGUGCAAGUGAUUUCGCUGUUUGGGCUGUCGGUGUGUUUGAUUCCUCUUGCAUUGUAUUUCUCGACUCUAGCGUAAUUAACGGCAAGCAUUGACUUUAUUCGACCCU